UGAGGACUGGUCACGGGCCCAUCAGGGUGACAGGCAUGACAUCGGCCCAGUCUCUCGUAGCCUGCCUCUGCCGCGAAGGGGACCAGCACCUGGCCCUGGGGGAGCCCCCACUGGCCACCGCCUUCUACCUGGCUGCCUUCAGCUGCCAUGCACCCUCGGCUGUGCGGAGCGUCCAAGCUGCCCUGGCAGAGGCACGGGGGGCGCCCGUGGUGGCCACCCUGGAGGCCUGGUGCCGCGGUGACAGCCAGAUCCCAGCCAUCCACUGGGAUGGCAUGGCAGUGGUGUCCCUGACAGGGACUCUGGCCUCCGCCUUCCUGGCUGCCCUCUGCCCCAGCCACCCGGCUGCAGUCCUGCACUCCCUGGCUGGCCUGCUGGCACACGGGUGCUACGGGGAGGUGUCGCAACGCUGCAGUGCCCUGCUGGAAGCUCAGUCCCAGCAAGCCCUGGAGCUGCGGCUGACGCGUGCCCUGGCCUGGGUCCUGUCCAGAGCACAGGUGGACGCCGGCGUGACUGACUACCUCCAGGCCUUUGCCUCUAGCGCUGACCGGACAGUGGCCUUUGUUCGCACCCACCAGCAGCCCUACAUCCCUGUGCUGGUCAGCGCGCUGCAGGACUACAUGUCAGGACACCAGGAGGCCAGGGACAGCUCCGGCCAGCAGACCAACUGCCGGGGACUCCUGGCAGCCCUGGACCCCAGGGACACCUGGAGCCACAGCCUGUGGCCCGAAGCCCUGCUCCGCAGUGGCAGGUACCAGGACUGCCGGGAGGCCUGCAGCCGUGCCCUUGAGCCCAAGCGGCCAGGCAGCAGACCCCAAGGCGAGCGUCUGGCUGCCCUGCUGGUCACCCGCGCGGCCGCGGCCUUCUUCCUGGACAGCGGGGCCCUGGACCUGCUUCGGGACCUGCACGAGGCCUUCCGCGAGAGCCCCUCCGGGGCGCGGAGGCAGUUCGAGGCAGUGCUCUCGCCUGGGGACCGCGAGCGCGUGCGCGCCCGGGCGCAGGAGGCCGCGGACGUGGGCUUCGACCGCUUCCGGGAGGCCGUGCGGAGCCGCGCGGAGCUCCGCGAGGACUCGGGCCGCGAGCUGCUGGCCCCGGUGGCCCGCGCGCUCCGUGUCCUGUUGCACGUGGCGCCGCCCCGGGCGCGCCCAGCACUAGGCGCCCGCCUGGCCGAGUGCCUGCUUCUGGCCGGGGACUCUGAGGGCGCCCGGGCACUGUGUAAGCACUUGCUGCGGCCCUCGCGCCCUGGGGACCGCGUGGGCGACCGUGCUGGGGACCGUGCUGGGGACCGCGCUGGGGACCGCGCCCUCCUGAUGGCUCUGCGCGGUUUCUGCGCGCUGCACGCUGGCGACGUGCGGCAUGCCCAGGAGGACUUCCAGGAGGUGGUGGAGCAGAGGCAGCCGCACCCUGGCGGCUGCGUACGCGCCCUGUGCGGCCGCGGGCUGCUCCGGGUGCUGGCAGGCAGCGCGUUCCUGGGCGCGCUGGACUAUGUCACCGCCUGCAGGCUGCGGCCCGAGGAGGCUCUGCUCGUCGCCAAGGCCUACGUGCCCUGGAACCAGCGCGGGCUGCUGCUGAUAGUGCUGCGGGAGGAGGGCCGCAGGAUGCUGCAGCGGAGGCUGGACCCGGGACCCGUGCGCGCGCCGGGCAGCCGGACCACGGCCGCAGAGAUGGACAGCCCCGCAGCGCAGGAAGGCGAUGCCCAUGGCGUGUACCAGCUGGCCACUCUUCUGAUGGAGCUGGACAGGGAAGAUGAGUCUUCACACCUCCUGGCUGCCGAUGCCCUGUACCGCCUGGGCCACCUGGAGGACGCCCACAAGGCCCUGCUGGUGGCCCUGUCCCGGAGGCCCCAGGCGACUGCCGUGCUGGUGCGGCUGGCCCUGCUGCAGCUUCACAGGGGCUUCUCCUAUGAUGCUAACAGGCUAGUGAAGAAGGUGGUCCAGUCUGGGGACACGACCUGCCUCCAGCCCACCCUGGACGUCUUCCACCAUGAGGACCGGCAGCUGCUGUGGGGCCACUGCCAUGCACGGGCCCUGGCCAUCCUGCGAGGGCGGCCAGGGGGGGCCAAGGAUGGAACCCGCACCAGGGAGGCCAUCGCCUACCUCUCUCUGGCCAUCUUUGCUGCAGGGAGUCAGGCGACCGAGUCCCUGCUUGCCCGCGCCCGCUGCUACGGGUUCCUGGGCCAGAAGAGGACGGCCAUGUUCGACCUCAACACCGUGCUGCACGCGGAGCCACAGAACGUGCGGGCGCUGUGUGGGCGGGCACUCCUACACCUGGCGCUGGACCAGCAGAAGGAGGCUGUGGAUGACCUCCUCUUUGCUCUGAAGCUCGACCCAGUGGCAGCGGCCCCUGAGAUCCGCUCUCUGAAGCCAGAGGCCCAGGCCCUCAUCACUCGGGGCCUCUCCGCCCGGGGCCGGGCCCUCCUGAGCCAGCUGCCGGACACUGGGACCCCCAUCAGCAACGAGGACACCCAGGGCCUCCUUGCCGCGGGGGAGGCGCUGAUCAAAGCCGACGCUGGGCAGCUGAGCUGGCACAUCGUCCUGGCAGACCUGCUCAUUGCAGUGGGCAGCUAUGAGGAGGCUGGCGCCCGCCUGCAAAAAGCCUUACAGCCCACCCCGACGUCAGAGGCUGCCAGAGCCCGGCGGGGCCUGCUACAGCUCAAGAAAGGAGAUGUUCGGGCCGCUGCACAAGACCUGCAGGGCCUGGCGGGGACAGACACUGAGGACCUCGGCUUCCUGCUGCAUCUUUUGGACACCUCAGAGCGACAAGGCCUCGCCCAGGCCGCAGCCCAGGAAGCCCGCACCCUCCUGAACUCGGGGCAGCCUGGGCAGGCGCUGGGCUACUGCUCGCUGGCCAUUGUGGCCAGUGACAGCAGUGCCUAUCACCUGCGUCUUCGGGCCAGCUGCCUAGCUGAGCUGGGAGAGUUUGGCCAGGCACUCAGGGACCUGGACCGCGUGCUCCAGGAGGGGGCGGCUCACAGCGACCUCUCAGUGCGGGCAGAGGACUUCUGCUCCCGGGGCCGCCUGCUGCUAAGCCUGGGGGAUGCGGCUGGAGCUGCAGGGGCUUUCACCCAGGCCCUCAAGCUGGCGCCCACCAUAGCCCAGAGCAGCCUGUGGGAGCGGCCGGGCCGGGCGCCAACCGCCCAAGUGUUCCUGUACCUCGGGCAGCACUGCCUGGAGGAGCGGCGCUGUGCAGAGGCCUGGACGGCAGUGGAGAGCGGCCUCCUGGUGGACCCCGAGCACGGCGGCCUGAAGAGGCUGAAAGCGAGACUCCGGAGGCAGGCGUCCUCAGACUGCCGGCUCCACUGACCGCACGUGAUCUAGGCUCCACCUCCAGACCGGGUGCAGGACCCCACAUCCCUUCCCGCAUUGGGGAGCAGAGGGGAGAGCAUCCCGCUUGCCUCGUAGGAGUGACCGUCUUACAACGGCCGCCCAGUGCCUAAAGCUGGGGCCCUCUGGGCUCACACCUGGGACUCUGGUGUCAGAAAAGCAGCCAAAGUCCUUGUCUCUGGCUAAGGACCUGCAGGUUGGACAGGACUGAGGCCCCUUGAAGCCCUGGAGAGGUGAUGCCAGCCCAGGAAACCCCUCCCAAGGCGUGAAGCUGUCCUUCAGUCGGGCCUGAGCCUGGCUUGGGUCUGGGCUCCUGCAGUGCCCAAUCCCCAAAGACAAAACUCCCAAGCUGGGGCCUGGCUGGCCAAGACCCAUGACUUCAUCGAGGUCUUCUGGGCCCACCACGCAGGGCCAUGAGGCAAUAUGUUCUCUCCCACCCCUGCAGGCCCCUCUGCGAAGCCAAGGGGACCCCUAGUGAGCAGAGUGGCCAGGCUUCUACUUGGCUGAUCUCGUGGCACAGCUGUCAGAAUUUAAAUGAGCCUCCUGGAUGGUGCAAGAGCCCAGCCCCUGUACCAUCGCUGUGUGUCUCAGAGCAGCCAGGCCUGGGCUGCAGUUUCCCUGUGUCUGGUGAGAUGUGCUGGACAGGCCACCUCAGGCAAAUCGCCCCAUGCCUCUUCCCACACCCCACCUGUUGGGGAGCCCCGUGGCUUGUGCUCUCCCUUCUCAGCACUUCGUUUGCAUCCCUCCCUGGCUGUCUCCCCUUCCUCUGCCUACACACACAUGCACCUGCUCCUGCCUCCACACCCCAUCUCCCACAGGGCUGGCCUGGGGCCAAGCUCAGCAGAGAAAGCUACACACGCACAACCUGGGCUGCAGGAGGGCACUGGUCAGCCUUUGCUUGGCCUCGCCCUGCUGCCCCUGCCCACCAGCCCCACCCCACUGGGUGGCACCAGGACUGAGCAGCCUUGGCUCCUGUGCUCGGAGAACCCAGGAGGGUGGAUGCACCAGCACCCGCCCCCAGCAAGGCCAGGAGUGCAGCCUGCAGGGGCGGGGCCGGGAGCUAAUGCUCUUUGCAGACCCACCCACACUCCAGGCAGCCCCUCACUGCCCAGCUGGGUGCUGAGGUCCCAGGCCCUAUGAGCCCCUACGGGGGGCACCCCUCCUUGCAGCCUGGCUGGCCCUGCCCUGCCACUACUGGGUGCCAGGGCUGCCCACAGCUGGGGCAGUGGCUGCAAGGUAGAGCUAACUGCCUACUAGCAACCUGCCAGUAAGUGUGCUCAGGGCACUGCGAGCUCUUCCCAAAAGGUUUUUGCUGCAUUAUUGCUUCCUUCCUCACCCCAUUUUGAAAGCUGGGAGGGGUCCCCCAAUAUUUGCACAAAAAAUCAAGUUAGUAGUGGGGUCUAGGAGUCACACCUGGGCCUCUGGCUCUCGGGGUGGGUUUCUCAAUAGAAAAGAGCCUGAGGGACCCUACAGGCUGGUCCUCCCGGCUCAUCAGGCACAGUCUGUCCUGGCCCUUCUGCCCCAACCUGCAGACAUCCCACAUCACUGUCCCAGGCACAGGAGGGAUGGCGCUCAACCCAGCCUCACACCGUGACACUCACAUGACAAAACUAGCAGGCCCUUGACAGCCUCCACAGCAGAAUGGAAAGGUGAUCAGACUCCUGCCUGAGGAGAGAGGUUAUCCUGCUUUCCAUAAAACUACAUUUCUGGUUACCAAGAAAAUGUCUGUGAUAUGGUAUAGACAGUAUUACCUAAUCUCAAGACAAUAAAGCUAUAAAUUAA